AAAUGGAAACAACCGAACCACCAGGCAACAUCUACUCUUUUGAGACUGUCUAGGUGAACAAAACCAAAAGCAAAACUCAAGGUGAUAUCAUUAUUUUUAAGCUUGGAUUGGAAUGGCGGGUCGAUUAGGGCCUUAACUGAUCUGGAUUGAACAAAAAAAUUAAAAAAAAAACAGUUAAAAUCCUAGAUCUGGAGAUCUCAAUCUGCAAAAUUCUUCGAGGAUUUCCAUUUUCAUGGCUGUCAUUAAACAGCCAUGGCAUGUUCUCCAGCUAAUGUUUUUCCUUUCAGUUAUUCCUUUCUCUUCUUCCCAGUCAAAUUCUCCUCAAAAUAUUGAAACCUUCUAUCCAUUUCCAGGACCAAAACCGACUGCUUCUCCGAACUCUACUCCAUUGGGGUCGUCAGUGCCAGCACUUUUGCCUCCGUCAUCAUCCAACAGAAACGUUAUUAAGGCAUUAGCUGCAACAGCUGCAAGCACUUUUGUUGUUGCCAUUUUGCUCUUCUUCUUAAUCCAGAGGUUCAUAAUUGCUCCUCGAAGAAGAAAGGAAGGAGAUGAUGCUGAUUCUGGAGGAGGCCAGACAGUGGCGCCUCUGCCCUCUCAUGGUCAGUUUUCUCGAGUCGAAGGGAAUGUGCAAGGAGUGGUUGUUGAUGAGAAUGGACUGGAUGUUCUGUCCUGGAGAAAACAUCAAGUGGAAGACAAGAAAAACAGUUCUCACAAACAGGAGCUCAGGAGGAAGUCUGAACCCAAACAAGAAAUUCCAUUGAUUCGAGGAAAAUUCUCCACUUCUGAAAAGAAAGUUGUACCAGAAGCAACAGUUCCCACUGUCAGUUAUCAAUCUAUCGACGCUGGGACGGCUGUCAAUGCCAUUGAAAAACCAAAAACAAGCCAACCAUCAAAUCCUCCACUUACUCGGUCUCCAACACCACCGCCACAAUCUUCGAUGGCAAUUCCAAACAAGCAAGUUCCUGCACUGCCUCCACCUCCAACAAACCCAGCAAAGCAAAAACAUCAACCACCCAAGGCGGCUGGUUUGGCGGCAUCUUCAAAUCUACCUCCAUUUAAUAAAGGUGAAUCAGGGGAAUCUUCAACCGGACAAGGCAGCACCAGUGCAGGAACAAGGAAUGGUCAGGUAAAAGUGAAGCCCUUGCACCGGGAUAAGGUGAACAAGAAUACUGGCCAUUCCAUGGCGUGGGACAAAAUUGAUGGUGGCUCUUUUAGGGUUGAUGAUGAUCUUAUGGAAGCCCUCUUCGGAUUCGUUGCCACCAACAGAAAAUCCCCCAAAGGAGACAACUCGAGCAAUUCAAAGAAUCUUAGUUCCAUUCCACCAGCACAAAUUUCUAUCCUUGAUGCCAGAAAAUCCCAGAACAUGGCGAUUGUUCUCAAAUCUCUGUCAAUCUCUCGCAAUGAACUCCUGGAUGCAUUAACUAAUGGUCAUGGUCUAAAUGCAGAUACUCUUGAGAAGCUCUUGAGAAUUGCCCCAACCAAAGAAGAAGAAUCCCAAAUCCUUGAAUUCAGUGGGAAUCCCACUAGACUGGCUGAUGCUGAAUCCUUCCUCUUCUAUCUUCUGAAAGCUGUGCCAUCGGCAUUUGGUCGUCUUAGUGCCAUGCUUUUCAGAUCAAAUUAUGAUGCAGAGAUUCUUCACUUCAAGGAAUCUUUACAAAUAGUUGAUUCAGGGUGCACGGAGCUUCGAAAUCGAGGGCUCUUUAUCAAACUUCUGGAAGCAAUUCUCAAGGCUGGUAAUCGCAUGAACUCGGGAAUUUCUAGAGGAAACGCCCAAGCUUUCAAACCAACUUCAUUUCGAAAGCUAUCCGAUGUUAAAAGCAUCGAUGGAAAAACUACUUUACUUCACUUUGUCGUGGAAGAAGUAGUCCGAUCUGAAGGAAAACGCUAUGUUCUUAACCGAAAUCGUAGCUUGAGUCGAAAUAGCAGCCAACGAAGCAACAGCGGUAGUGUGAUUUCAGAGAAUUCAACGUCAAAAGAAAAAAGAGAGAAGGAAUAUAUGAUGCUGGGAUUACCUGCGGUAGGAGGGCUCAGUGCCGAAUUCUCUAAUGUAAAGAAAGCCGCCCUAAUAGAUUAUGAUGCCUUUGCUUCUACUUGCUCUGUUCUCGCAGCUCGUGCAAGAGAAGUUAGGGCAUUUGUGUUGCAAUGUGCUGCUGCUAAUGGCGAAGGGGGAUUUGUAAAGGAAAUGAAAGGUUUUCUUGAAGCAGCAGAGGAAGAACUGCAGAGUCUGACAAAAGAGCAGACUAGGGUGAUGGAACUUGUUAAAAAAACAACAGAAUAUUACCAUGCAGGAGCUUCCAAGGAUCAAGAAGCACAUGCACUUCAACUAUUUGCCAUCAUUAAAGACUUUCUAUAUAUGGUUGACCAGGCAUGUGUUGUGAUUGCUCGAAAUCUGCGGAGGAAAACGCCAUCAUCAAGUAUUGAACACUCGCCCAAGUCACCAGCAUCAAGAGUGCCAGUAAGGUUCCCAAACUUGCCUGAACGCUUUAUGCUCGAAAAAUCUAUGAGCAGCUCUAGUGAAUCGGAUUCAGAUUUUUUAAUAGAUAUUUAUCAAUUAUCAUGGAAGGGAGUGGACCAAUGUAUAUAGUUGUUGCACAAAAUAUUUCAGAACAUAAGCAUUUCCCAUGUAUAUAUGGGCAUAAAUUGUUUGCAAGUUCUUAUUAUAUAUUCAAAUAAACAUUUUUUUUUUUCAUCA